AUGGAGGAGCAACCACUCCCUACCUCCAUACCGGAGGUGGAAGCCCUCAUCCUCUCCCUCUACCAACCAAACUCUCCAGAGACCAUUGCGCGAACGCAAGCAACUUUGUCCCGGUUACAAGGGUCACCUCAAGCUUGGGGGAUAGCUCGAGACUUGUUAGGAAGGUCUGACGAGAAGGUCAAGUUCUUUGGCGCCCUCACCAUCAUCAUCAAGCUCAACAAUGAGAGCUCCUCACUCACAUCUGACGACGCAGUUGAACUCCUGCUAGUUCUAAUAGGCUGGUAUUUGGACUCACUACGGAAUGGGACAGGGCCCCUGGUUAUAAGAAAACUCUCUUCGGCCCUUGCAACCUUCUUCCUUCACUUCCACCGAGUCUGGCGUCGCUUCACCCACCAUCUCUGCCUCUGUCUCGCAUCUAGUCAGCCCUUACGGCCUGAUGCUCUUGAUGAUGCCCCCGAAUCAUCCGCCCUUAUUGAGAGCCUUGACUCUGCUCAGACACAAGCCGCACUAUGGGUGCUGAGCAACGUACUGGAGGAUAUUGCAAAGUUCGACUUGAACUCUGCCAGCAACAUGGGCCUGUACGAUGCCAUCCUAGAGAACAUACCGGCUGCUGUGGCUUUGAUGAGCCGUGGGAUGUCACCUCAGUCCACCUCUCAAGCUGCCCAUCAAGACUCGAUCAAGUGCCUUCAGUCCUGGGUCUGGUUCGCACAAAGAGCUUCCUCUCGGGACACAAGACUCUCAGAGCCCAUCGGGCCACUCGUCACAGCUGUCAUUAGCUCGUUGACAGUAGACGAACUCUACGAUGCAUCCGUUGAGCUUAUGGUAGAUUUGCUGUCGAAUUGUUCCAUGUUCUUGACCGACGCCCACAUUGAGAACUUGGCUGAACUCUUUGACAGCUCAUGGUUCCAGAACCGCUAUCAAGCGCUCAUGCAAGGGGAUUUCGACUUUGACUCAGUCCAGUUCGGUCAGCUUCUUCUUGCUUUCGGUGAUGCCAAGGUAGAGAAGCUUAUGCAGCUGAACGACCGCCGAAGCCAGAACCUGCUGUCCAACCUCUGUGGCCUUCUUGCUGCUCAGGGAUACCCGGUUGCCGAGGACAAGAUCUUUGUGCCUGCUCUGGAGUUCUGGUCUACAUAUGCAGAAACAAUGACCGACGCCAUGUACUCGGACGAAGGAGCAGCUAAUACAUGGGUGCCACAGGCCCUCUCACAUGUCCUUCAGGCCGUGUCCAAUGCAUGGCAGAAGGUGAUCUACCCGCCUCAUGAAGAGUUUGUCUCUUGGGACUCCAACGAGAGGAUCGGCUUCAACGAUGCCCGGAAGGAUGUUAUUGAUCUCCUCCAGUCUGUCUAUUCGCUGGCAGGACCACAGCUCGUGGUGACAUUCGCGGACCUGGUGCUCAAGGCUCUAUCGGGCUCAUCCUGGCUUCAGCUUGAGGCGGCCGCCUUUUGCCUCGGUGGACUCGCUGACUGUGUUGGCGAGGACACCCGCUGCGAUGGCGCUCUCGCAUCCGUUUUUACAUCUCCCCUGUUCUCAGCAUUGCGCCCCGGUCAAGCAGACAUUCCCCCUAAGGCACGGCAGACUUGUGUUGCCUUGAUCGAGCACUAUACGGAAUAUUUCGAGCGAAACAUUUCGCAUCUGCCUCCUGCUCUCAACCUGCUUUUUGUCGUUGUCGGAGAACAUCCCAUGGCGAGUGCUGCGGCAAAGUCUAUCUACAGGCUUUGCUCCUCCUGUCGAGGUCACCUUCACACCGAGGCCGAGGGCUUCCUCAACGAGUACCAGAACCUCGUCUCUGGAGGCCGCCUUGAUUGCGGAGCCAGUGAGAAGAUUUCCGGUGGCAUUGCGUCGGUCAUUCAAGCGAUUCCCGACUCGAACCUGAAAUACUCAUCUUGCGCUCGACUCCUGAGCUUCGUUCAGGCUGACGUGCAACGUUCACUGGAGCUGCUACACUCUCCCGAUUCUGGAGUUACCCCCUGUUUCGUGGCACCUACUUGCUCAUAUGCUGCCUCUGACGAGAGUCCUGCACUCCACACGGCCUUGAAGGCCCUCAGAUGUCUUGCUAGCAUUGGCAGAGGACUUCAGGCUCCUGAUGUGUCAGUUGACUUGGAUGGUGAGCAGGCAAGGGCAAAUAAGGCUGACCCACAACUAUCGCACCUUCAGGAGAGCAUCAUGACCAUGAUCGGUCAGAUUCAGGGGGCCUUCAACACUAGUGGAGAGGUUGUCGAGAUCAUCUGCACCGUGCUGCGCAGUGGCUUCUCUGAAGUAGAGCCUGGUCCGUUUGUGCUGCCGCCUCACAGCGUUGCCCAGUACUUGACAAACCAGGGACUCGAGACACCAAGGGUCGGUUUGCUCGUCAGCACUGCGUGCUCGUUUGUUAGUUCCUUAGAGCACGAUGGACUCCAGAGUCAGCACGCGAUGCUCAACUCUGUUCUUCUCUGGGUCGUGGGACUCCUCAAGCAACUCCCCAACCCGGAAGCUGACCCGGAGCUUUCUCAAAAUGGAAUCGAGUUCGUAACUCGAUUGCUAUCCAAGAGUCCUGUCAUCCUUCUUCGACUGGAACCUCAGAACGCUGCCGAAUUCUUCUUCCUCUUUACUCUUCAAGUGCUGGAUGGAAAGGAGCCACUUCCAAAGGCUAGCGCUGCAGUCUUUUGGGCCGUUUUUGUCGACCUUAAGUGUGACUCGCAAGAGUUGAAUGACAUCGCCCAGCAGGCCAUGCAGAUGCUAGGACCCCUCCUCGCUCAGAGUCUCGCAAGAAACAUUGGCGGCAACGCUUCCAGGAGCGAACUUGAUAAGCUGAGCGAGCCCCUGAAGAAGCUUGUUGUUCGCUGCCCAAUGGCCAAGAGCUGGCUCGAGGCUGGCCUCGCACACGAAUCAUUUCCCAGCACCCGUAUCACACCCCAGGAAAAGUCUAUGUUCUUGAAGAAGGUCAUCAGUCUUCGAGGAGCCAGGGCAACUAAUCAAGUCGUGAGGGAGUUUUGGCUAUCUGCAAAAGGAUCUAGCUUUGCUUAUGCUUCAUGA